AUGCUACCCCAUGGACUCUCUAAACCCGAAGACAUGGACGCAAAAUCCAUCAUCUCCAUGCAAGAACUGGACCCAUCGCCCGUUGAUGAUUUAAGCCCUGAUCUGGAGAGCGGAGAGUACUUCCCGAGGCCUGAAGAUAGUCUCUUGCGGUCUGGCAACGGGUCCUCGAUUUCUAAACUGGGUCUCCGCGGGCACCGGUGGGAUGCAUGGUUAUCCGGACUCCAAAGAUACUCGACAUAUCCACCCACGGCUUUCUUCGCCCUGCACUUUACAAACACCGCCCUUAUCCCGCUCUUGACUCGUUCCGUGCCCGCCAGCGAACCCUACCUUCUCCUCACGCGACCAAUCUACCAGGCCCCCGGCCUCGAGCAUAUCGUCCUCACAAUCCCCGUCCUUGCACACAUUGUCUCCGGAGUCGUCCUGCGUAACAUUCGUGCCUCGCGCCGCGCACGGUUAUACGGUGCCGAGACUCGUGCGCAACGAGAUCUACUGUCAUUCUGGCCCCGGGUCUCUCUCCAGGCGCGCUCCGGGUACUUGUUAGCACCGCUAAUUGGAGUUCAUGUCCUGGUCAACCGUGCUACACCAGUAAUGGUUGAUGGUGGUAGUUCUGGCGUGGGCUUGGGAAGGCUUCUUACGACCCCCGAGAAUAAGGACCGGACGCGAAGACAGCGCAAGAUGUGGUGGAUUGUCAAUGGCAUUGCCACUGUGGGCGCAUCCAUUUGGCUUGGGGGUGCUCUCGGCAUCAUCGGACGGGCUGGAGAGGGCGCUGGCUGGGAGGCUAAGGGGUGGAAUGAGAUCUAUAGCCAGGUCCCGAUUAUUGGAGCCUGGCUGUGA